AUGACGCCCUCAAUCGACAGCGACGAGACUCAGAUACAACCUACUGAAAAUGCCCCGAUAUCAUGCCUAUGCAGCCCGCCUCCCAACGGUGGGGUUGGGAGGAACCUCAUAGUGUCCAUUGAUGGUACCGCAAAUCAGUUUGGCAUGAAGAAUACCAACAUCGUCGAGCUCUACAGUCGACUAGUAAGGGAUGAGACGCAACUCACAUACUACAACAGCGGCAUUGGUACCUAUGUGGUUGAUUCUAAAUCGUGGCUGUCCUUAAAAGCCUGGAAUCAGUCCAUUUCUCAUAACUGGGACAAAGCCUUUGCCACCAACUUCAAAUCAAAAGUCCUCGACGCAUACGAAUGGCUAUCUGAGAACUACAGGCCGGGAGAUAAAAUCUUUUUAUUUGGUUUCUCUCGUGGCGCCUACCAAGUCCGAGUUAUUGCAGGUAUGAUCGAGAAGGUGGGGCUUAUUCAUAAAGGCAACAAGCAGCAAAUUCCAUUUGCUUAUGACCUUUACACCGCAACUCUGUCCAAACGUAAACGCCAAGAAGUCUCUGAAGAAACUCCCCUCGGCACUUCAAAGCAGCCAAAAGAACCAAAGAGUUUGAAUGUCGUCAAUGCGGAACAUGAUCCACGGUCAUCGCCUUACCUUCACGUAAACCGCCUAGAUGAAGACAUAGACCAGAACAUCGAAAGCGGACGUCGAUCCAGAGCCACCACCAAUACUGAUAAAGACAAAGUCUUAUCCGGUGAAAACAUUGAAAGUAGCGCAGACGACGGUCCAGAGGCUUUAUGUCAGCACUUCAAGAGGUCUCUGUCCAACAACAAAGUUCGUGUCCAUUUCGUUGGUGCUUGGGACACCGUGUCAUCAGUUGGCAUUUUGAGAGGAGAAUGUCUCCCAGAAACGACCUCUGGAAUGACACACGUAUGCGCGUUCCGACAUGCACUCGCUCUCGAUGAAUUGAGAGUGAAGUUUCUGCCCGAGUAUGCCAACGGCGGGUCGGGUCCUCUGAUGAACGACUUUCAACAACCUGAUCCACUCCUUUUGCCUUCUUGGGAACUCUUCGGUCUCAAGAUUGCAGGCCUUGUAUUUGCACGACCACAUGCAAGAGUCAAUCCAACCACAGAUACCCAAAGGGCAAAGGGUGGCAAUGUCAAAGAGGUGUGGUUUGCCGGUUCACAUUCUGAUAUUGGAGGGGGAAACGUGAAAAAUCUAAAACUCAAUCAAUUCGGCCCUUCUCUUCGAUGGAUGACAUACGAAGCUCUUACUUGGGGCCUCAAAAUGAACCCAUUCGACCAGAAAUGGGCACCGCUCUCUCCGAAAUCAUCUAUGAACUGGAAGUGGAAUAUUCUUGAAAACCUUCCCAUUCUACGGCUUUCUUAUCAGAACUCUAAUGCCGUUACACGAAGACCUCAUCGUCAAAGCCCGCGUUUGAUUUUACCGGGCCAAUUAAUCCACGAAUCCGUCUAUGAACUCAUUAAAUCGACUUCUAACGCUCAGCCACCGUCAAAGCCAUACCUUCCGAUGGCCUUACUUCCAGGUGGCAAAAAGUGGGCAUCGGGUCAGGCACCAGAAGACAAUAUCAUCGAGAAAGACCCAUACCUCCAACCUGAUCGCAUCUUGGAAGCGAUCAAGGAGAAGCGACACACCCCGGCAGAUUUUGAUGUCCUACUCACUUUGUCAUCGACUGCGAUCGGCCAAAGGUCUAUCCGAGAGCGCCCUGAAGCUGAAGAAACUUUGGCCUCUGUUCUUGCGUCUCAAACUUCCAAUGACAAGGACGAAAAGGACAUAAUACAUACGAUAUCAAGAAUUUUAGAUCGGUGCUUCAAUAUGAUUCCUGUGGAAUUCAUCUCGGAAAGCAAAAAUCCAUAUUCACUCCAGUCAUCGGUCUGGGAAACGUUGGACAAGCUAUACCCAGAGGGAUCAUCUACCAACCAAUCAACCAGACUGGCCAUAGUCAAACAAACCAUUAGUUUACAUAUGGCGGCUUUAGAGGCCAGUCCUCAACCACCAAGGCAUAUUCAAAUCGCAUCCAUCAAGGAAUUGGUCCUCAGCUUUCUAAACCUACUCGUCCUUACGAUACCGGAUGGCGCCGAAGCAUCCCACAGGCAAUGGCUAUACAGCCUGUACAAAGAAGGUCUUCGAUUCGACAAUAUAUCGUAUAAGAAGCGAUUUUCUCUUAUCGAAUGCCUGGCAGGCGAGAUUCAGGACCGAUUUGAAAUGGGUCAAGACAACUAUCUUAACGAGAGAGUGUUGCUAUUCAAACGUAUCUUCGACCUCAGACCUCCGGAUCAGGGCAGGCAGGAGGAUUACCUUCUUGGUUUGCUUCCUACGUUGUAUCAACGUUUUGAAGCAACGUCCAGGCUGGAAGACAUCGAUGAGAUUGUAUCGUUCAACCCAGAUAUUCUUCGACUCCUCUCCGAUCCAGACCAUUAUCCUGCAGUUGGUACCCUGGUUGCCGUUCUAGCGUUAUCUUAUCUUGCAUUGUUCAAAACCACAGGCGACCUACAUCACAUCGACGAGGCAGCUAUGCUCCUCAAGGAAAGUAUAUCCAAUUGUGGUCACACAGAUUCGAAUUUGCCGUAUCUUCUUGAUCUGCAUGGAUAUUCUUUCCAUCUUCGAUUCCAACAAACUGGUCAUCACAUUUAUCUCGACAAAGCAGACAAUGCCUAUCGUAGUGCUCUCGAAAUACGCCAUACAUUGGAACCUCAAGGAACUUAUCCUUCUAUUGAGUUGGCAGCGGUACUAUGCGACCGAUAUAAACUUUCUCGGCACCAGAAAUUUCUAGACGAUGCCAUUCAGUAUUGCCGUGACUCUCUUGCACUCUGUUCCUCGCGUCCCAGACAACGCGAUGGACCCGCCUUUAUUUUAGCAGAAGCAUUGAUGGCUCGCUAUAAAGUUUUAGGAAAACCUCAAGAUCUGGAAGAUGCAAUUUCAUUGUAUCAGGAAGCUCUUGAUCUCAAUCCACCGCCUUAUUUUCGCAGGGCUAUAUGCCUCAAUGCGCUGGGUGGUGCCCUCACCGCACGUUUCCAUUUAAAACAGCAACAAAAGGAUGUCGAGAGGGCGGUUGUAUUGCAUCGCGAGGCUCUGGCACAAUGUCUUUCUCGCUACUUCAAACGAGAUAGCUGUCUUAGCGGACUGGCAGCUGCGUUGACGGGCCAUUUCAUAAUUUCUGGCGAGAAGUCUGAUUUAGAGGAAGCAAUUUCUCAUUAUCAAAAUGCCCUAGACCUUCUCCCGUCCCACCAUUUUAUGCGGUCAGAAUACCUCUUCGGUUUGGCGAAUACCCAUUUCUCUCUGUUCAAGGCGACAAAGCAAACUGAUAGGCUCAAUGAGGCGAUCACACUCUAUAGGGGUGCACUAAAGGAUCUUCCUCCUUCGCAUAUUGACCGAGCAGACCUCCUCUAUGAUCUUGCAAUUGCUCUGCAAAAUUACGACGGUGUAUAUCUUUCGGCAACUCAUAGUGAUUCAACGCAUAAGGCUCAAAGAGGAAGAUCUUCAAUUUACGGUGAUGAAGUCAUUUUAUUGCUCAAAGAAUCGCUUCAACUCCGCCGUUUGUCUCAUCAUGGACGUGCCAAUACUCUUAGACAUCUGAUUUCAGCUCUUUUAUCAAAGUCCGGGGGAAAGAAUAUCAGAGAGAUACUCUCGUAUUGGGACGAGCUGACGAUUCGUCACCCUCUCCUCUUCCCAACCUCACAUCUUGAACGUCGAGAGCUUGAUAUGCUGAUUUCGUUGCUCAAACUUGACCUCGAGAAAUCUCCUGCACACCAUGAACGACUGAAACUUCUCCGGUCUCUCUGGUGUGCGUUCCUCUUUCGAUUUGGGAAAAGCAGCUCCCAAGAAGACCUCGUUGAGGCAUUCAUGUAUCAUAAGGAGCUGAUUCGCCUACAGCCCCCCAUGGUCCCACUCAUCCCGGACCCAAUCUCAGCCAACAUUAUUCCAAAUCUUCUUUGA